AUGGCAAAAAGUAAUACAAUGAAAUCAAAUAAAAAAUCAAAAGAUCCAAAAGCACCUAAACGUUAUCGAUCAGCUUAUAUUUUAUUUUCCAUUGAAAAACGUAAUCAAGUUAAAAAUGAAAAUCCUGGUUUAUCACCAAAAGAAAUUUUAUCAGAACUUGGUGCUCUAUGGAAAUCUGCUGAUCCACAAACGAAAGAAUAUUUUCAAAAAUUAUCCGAUGCUGAAAAAGUUGAAUAUGGAGAAAAAUCCAAUGCAUAUAAAAAUGAAAAAAUAAAUAAUAAACAACAUUUAAAAAAGAAUAAAUCAAAUAAUAAUGAAGAAAACAAUCAAUCAAUUGAAAUUAAUUCAUCACAAUGA